AUGGUUAUGUCAAAGUCCCGCGUAGCUCCACUGAAAAAGUUAACCCUACCACAACUGGAAUUGAUGGCCGCUGUCACAGGUGCAAGACUUGCCUCCUAUUUGUCUUGUCAUCUAAAACUAACCGAAACCGUGUUCUGGUCCGACAGUCAAAUCGUCUUACACUGGCUUUUUUCCCAAAAGGAGCUAAAGAGUUUCAUUAAAAAUCGCGUCAAGGAAAUCCACCAACUCACCAACAAUGCCACUUGGAAUUAUUGCCCAACUUCCGACAACCCAGCGGAUCUCUUAACACGAGGAAUCUCCGCAGACAGCCUUUCCAAAUCCACCUUGUGGGACAAUGGCCCACAUUGGCUGACAAAUCAUGCAAACUGGCCAGAGUGGAAACCUAACAUGGUUCUUCUCCAGUCCUCCCUGAACAAAGAUCAAGAUACGAACGAAGCCCCUCCUACAAACCCUGACACGCCUGAGUCAACAAAACGUUCACCUACCAACAUCAAGCAGAUUAUCACCCCUACCAAAUUCAGUGACCUCCAGCGCCUACUACGCACCACAGCCUGGGUACUUCGUUUCGUCAACGCCUUGAAGAAAGUCAACCCACCAAAAGAGAAGGUACUAAAGGUACACGAAAUUGAAAAUGCGAGAAUGAUUUGGAUACAUGAAAUCCAAAACGACGUGUUCAGUAACGAACUUGCCAACAUCCAAAGACCGAAGACCCCCCGCCUACCCCUCGUACGCCAACUUCGUCUAUUUACUCUGAGUGACGACAUAAUUCGUUGCGGUGGUAGAAUUCACAAUGCACCAGUGGACCACUCCACAAGAUUUCCCAUACUUCUACCCGCAAACCACCAUUUCGCCAUGCUGAUCGUCAAUGAUGCACACAGAAGGUUGCAACACGCCGGUUUAAAUCAAACCCUGACAGAUAUUCGCCAGAAAUACUGGAUUCCAACAGCACGCCAAUACAUCAAGAAAACACUUCGUCGAUGUGUUACAUGUCGAAAGACCUUCGGAACACCCUACACCGCUCCGGAUCCGCCUCCACUUCCAACGUACCGAAUGACUGACUCCCAUCCAUUCAGUGUUACUGGGGUAGACUUCACCGGAGCCAUCUACGUGAAAACACCAAGGGGUCAAGAAAAGGUCUACAUCUGUUUGUUUACUUGUGCAAACACACGCGCAGUCCACCUGGAAGUCGUCACCAACUUAACCGUUCCGACCUUCAUGUCCGCCUUCCGAAGAUUUGUGAGUCGCAAGUCCCUCCCCAAAAUUAUAUCUGACAAUGCCUCAACCUACCAGUCCGCCGCCGAAGAGUUAACCCAACUAUUCAACUCAACUGAGUUGGAAACCAACCUUAGUAAAAGGGGAACACAAUGGAAAUUCAUCCCGAAACGAGCACCGUGGUACGGCGGUUUCUGGGAACGCUUAAUCCGCGACUUCGCCGCUAGAAACACGUGUAGUGUCAUGUGGUCAAAAUCCUGA